UUUUGGCCGGCUAACAAUAUUAAUCGACCAAAUGAAUACAAGAAAAAGAACCACGAAUAGGCCGAGCACCUCGAAACAAUCUAGUGCUAACGUGCAGCGGGAUAUACGUGAAGUUUUUACGAAUAUCAAGGCUAAAACACAAAAAGGAGCGCUGCUUGCUCAAAGUGUUGCAGAAACGUCUACCGAGCCGAUUUUCGCCGAUUUAUCCACUGUUUCGAGUGUAUCAAAUGAAUCGUCUACAAAAAAAUUGUUGCUGAAAAAUGCGUACGCCCGUGAUUUGUUUUUCCGUUACACGAACGUAAAGACAGUCUUGUCAAAAAAGUUUCCUGAACAUUGCAGCGAAAGAACGCGUUUGUACUACGAACAACGGGUUUACAAAUUCUAUGUACUGCAACCAAAAUAUCGGAUCCGCACAACCUUGGAAGAUAUUCGGUUCAAUACACGCUUCAACGAGGGUUUGUUCCGCAUGGCCCUGAAGAUGCCAAUUAUUAGCGCGCAGGACCACGCCACAUACAAUAGGAAUCUUGCAAGAUUUGGUGUUAAAAAACAGUGCUUCGUCGACAUGACACUUAAUAACUGCGUCCUCGAAGAUCAGGCAAAGUUGAUAAAAACACUGAAGUCAAAGUAUAAGUUCUGGUAUGAUAAAUUGGAUAAGCUACCCAAGUACUUAUCCUUGAUGCAAAGGCAAAACGAACUAGACAACGAAACAUUUCUACGCGACUUAGAACAUCACUCAUCCAUGAAAGACUGUCGUUGGCUAGAGUUACCAGAUGUGGUAGGGAAUCUCGUCCAGGAGGUAUGGCUGCCAAGUGAAAAGCGCCAAUGUCCGAUUUGGAUCCAGCUGAUUUUUGAUGAUGAUGCGCUAAACAAGAAGUACCGUGUUGGUAGUUACUCUAAAUUCAAAUCUACGUUACCGGCAAACGAUCCAGAAGACUGGAUCGAUUGUGGUGCUUCGAACCGGAUCCAUACCUCGAACCAAGAUUCGCUGCUUCCGGAUACUAUGAGCUUUGAACCAUUUAUCUUCUCCACACAGAACCAGCCGCAAACUAAUGUGCAAUCAAUCGAAAAUCGUACUGUAGCGUCUUCCAUCACUCGGGCUCCUUUACAGCCCACCUGUACGAGCGCUACCGUUGUUCCGAGCGAGAGAUCCUCGCCUCUGAUUGAUACAAUUAGGAGUAACACCGCUCCUCCAACGCCAUCCAGCUCUAUCGCUCCACCAUUCCAAGCGGUAUAUCCGUCCCCGACCGGUUCAACGCCUGCUGCCCAUAGAGUGUCUGUGCCCAGCUAUAGUAUUAAAAAAGAAAAUCUUAGCACGAAUGCGACAAACGACCAGCAUGAAGACGAAAACGUAACGAAUCCCGAAUUUAUCACCAUCGAAAGUUCGCCGGAGUGUAAUACAGUAGCCAGCUUCAAAAUUAAAGAAGAAAAUCUCAUAAACGACCGUAGUGAGACCGCCUACGAAGUGUAUCCCGAAAUCAUCACCAUUGACAGUUCGCAGGAGGGUAGAUUAAAUGGAUCACCAACAGCGGAAUCCCCCAUCAAUCCACCAAGCAUCGGACCAUACAUUACAAUCGAAACUGAAACAAAACGUAAUCGGCAAGCAUUAUUUACCACCACCACAUCGCGUAUUUGCAAUUCAAAACCAUACAUGAUUUUCCUGGGUUUUGUCGACGUACAAUCGAUUCGCUAUACGAACAUUCCCACCACCUGGCCGCAAUGUAACGUAUUUCAACAGAAUCAACUAACGUGUCACCUUAAGCUGGGCCAUACGGGUGUCUUUUCCGUCCCGAUACGUGACCAGCAAGCCUGUCAGUUGCUGGGACUGUCGGCAGGUGGCAACGGAAGAAAGGCGCUGCUUGCGGCACUAGCACACGUUGGCAAGUUCCGGUUUGGAUUGAAGGAACCAGCGAAAGAGUACUACCGGCUGUCCGUGACGGAGAAAGUAUUGCAUCUGUAUUUCGCUACAUUUCCACCAUGUCCACAGAACGGUGGCUUCGUAAUGUUCCCCAAAAGUAAUUCAAGCCUGCCGGCGGAAGGUGAUGAGGUGUGGCUCGAAUGCUUCAACUAUUAUGCCCAUGCAAAACGACCACAACGAACGGGCGGAGACACAAAAGAGGGAAACACAAACCACCGGCCAGAUAGAUUGGCCAAAUUGCUGCUGCCUGGAAUUGCAGAGAAAAUGAAAACUUUGAGAGAAAAGCUGAAGGAAGUGAACGGGUCGAUUGAGUGAUUGUGAUUAGUGAUUAAUGUUGUUGAUAUUGUAAUAGUUAAAUUAGAAUCAUCUGUUUAAUGGUUCCUUGGAGUAAAUCUUUUAUUUGCGAAAACCACAGUUUAUGUUGCUCAUGUUAUGUAAUGUGUGAAAAUGAAUAGAAUACAUACUUACAA